AUGCCUCACACACGCUCUGUAUCAUCGACGCUGUCAAAUGCUCUUCAUAUUUCCCUAUACAAUGGCUUUUUGCAGAGUUCUGCCAUCCAUGGUGCCGGAAAUGCCCCGAUUUUGGACCCUUUCUUUACUUACCUACACUCACGCGCUCAUGCUACAAAUAAAGAUAUUAACUCACUCCCAAUCAUCUACAAUAUUGAACCGCCCCGAUACCGCUUGGCCGAUAUUACUCAAGCAAAAGCCCUGGGGAUGCAGAUUCAUGGAAGUGUUAAGGAGAUGAAGCGGGUAUACAAGGGCCGCCUAAAGAGACGCGAAGAAAAUUAUCAACGUCGGGCUCAACAAUGGAAAAGGAAACAGCGUCGAGGGAUCCAUGCCGGACACUCCAGACGGCGGUCUGCUCCUACAUCCCUGAUCGUAGACGAGGGAGCUUCAUGGAGUAUGCAGGCAACAGUCGCAUUCCCAUACUGGGACUACCGAACACAGACAUUGGAGCCAGGUACCUACUGCCGGGCUUGCACUUAUCACUGGGAGGAGGGCAAGGCGGAUGAUUGGAGACGUAUGGAGACAAUUUGGGAUCUACAUCCUCCCAGCAGAGAAGCCUAUUACCGAGCAUUCUCGGAGGCUGAUUUACCUCAGCAUUUCCUGAAUUGUCCAGCAGUGAGGGUACACUAUGAUUUUCGAGUUAAACAAGCGGGGGUACACCAGGUUAAGAGGGAUGGAACUGAUUUCAUCGUUCAUCCCGAGAAUAACCUCUGA